AUGUUUUUUUUUCCUCAAUUAUUUUGGUGUAAAGAAUUCAGCAUCAUGUUAGUUGGUAACUAAAACUCUCUUCAUCUCAUCUGAGUCACAGUCAAUCCAACAACCACUACUCUCACCAACCCCAAUCUAUAGUUCUCACAAAACCCUCCAUUGCAGAGAGAGAAACUCAACAACAAAGUAUUGAGGAGGAAGAAACUAGGAACAAAGUUUAAAACUUUGAACAAAACUGAAAUGGCCCAGGUGAGCAGAAUCCACAAUCUACCUCAAACCACUCCAAUCCUUCACCAUUCUUCCAACCCCCAGAAACCCAAAUCAGCAAACUCAAUUUCAUUGAGGUCACACCUUUGGGGUUCCUCAAAAUCAUGGAGCUUGAAGCAUAAAAAUGGAGGCUUUAUAGGAAAUUGUGAUGUGGGUAACGGCUAUUCGGGUGUGUUUAAGGUUUCUGCCUCAGUUGCUGCGGCGGAGAAGCCGUCAACGGCGCCGGAGAUCGUGUUGGAACCCAUCAGGGAAAUUGCUGGCACCAUCACAUUGCCUGGUUCCAAGUCUUUGUCCAAUCGAAUUCUGCUUCUUGCUGCUCUCUCUGAGGGAACAACUGUUGUAGACAACUUGUUGAAUAGUGAGGAUGUUCAUUACAUGCUUGGUGCAUUGAGGACCCUUGGACUGCAUGUGGAAGAUGACAAGGCAACGAAACAAGCAAUUGUGGAAGGCUGUGGGGGGUUGUUUCCCACUAGUGAAUCUAAAGAUGAAGUUAAUUUAUUCCUUGGAAAUGCUGGUACCGCAAUGCGACCUUUGACAGCAGCUGUGACUGCUGCAGGUGGAAACGCAAGCUACAUACUUGACGGGGUUCCCCGGAUGAGAGAGAGACCGAUUGAGGAUUUGGUAACUGGUCUUAAGCAGCUUGGUGCAGAUGUUGAUUGUUUUCUUGGUACAAAGUGUCCACCUGUCCGUGUAAUUGGCAAGGGAGGACUUCCUGGGGGAAAGGUGAAACUGUCUGGAUCAAUUAGCAGUCAAUACCUGACUGCUUUGCUUAUGGCAGCUCCUUUGGCUCUUGGUGAUGUGGAGAUUGAGAUUAUUGAUAAACUGAUUUCUGUUCCAUAUGUUGAAAUGACCUUGAAGUUGAUGGAGCGCUUUGGAGUCACUGUGGAACACAGUGGUAAUUGGGAUAAGUUCUUGGUUCGUGGAGGUCAAAAGUACAAGUCUCCUGGCAAUGCCUUUGUUGAAGGUGAUGCUUCAAGUGCCAGUUACUUCCUAGCUGGUGCAGCAGUUACUGGUGGGACUAUCACUGUUCAUGGCUGUGGGACAAGCAGUUUGCAGGGAGACGUAAAAUUUGCUGAAGUUCUUGAAAAGAUGGGAGCUAAAGUUACAUGGACAGAAAACAGUGUCACUCUUACCGGACCUCCACGAGAUUCUUCUGGUCGUAAAGUCUUGCAAGGCAUCGAUGUCAAUAUGAACAAGAUGCCAGAUGUUGCAAUGACACUUGCUGUUGUAGCCCUAUUUGCUAAUGGUCCCACUGCUAUAAGAGAUGUGGCAAGUUGGAGAGUUAAAGAGACAGAGAGAAUGAUAGCAAUCUGCACAGAACUCAGAAAGCUAGGAGCAACAGUUGAAGAAGGUCCUGAUUACUGUGUGAUAACUCCACCUGAGAAAUUGAAUAUCACAUCAAUAGACACGUACGAUGACCAUAGAAUGGCCAUGGCAUUUUCUCUUGCUGCUUGUGGAGAUGUUCCAGUAACCAUCAAGGAUCCUGGUUGCACAAGGAAAACAUUCCCUGACUAUUUUGAAGUCCUUGAGAGGUUUACCAAGCAUUAAGUUUUCCUGUACAUUCAGUAGUGUAAGAGAGAGAGAGAGAGAGAGAUAAAACACUCACAAAUCUGUGAGAUGGCUUGGUUUUGUUUCUAUAUAUUCCCUUAAAGGACUUGAGAUAAUUUAUAUUGUUGAAAUGAGGCAUUGGUCCUGUUGUGUGAAUGUAACUUAAUCCUGAAUACUGACUCAAGCGUUAUUUCUUCA